AUGGAACCCUGCCCCGAUGCAACAACUGACACGCACAAUACAACUGACCCGCGCGGAACUGAGCCGGCGACUGGCUGCGAUACAGAAUGCGGAAAGAGUAGCGCGGCACUCGAAGGUUUUGACGCACAGCGAUUAUUAACCGAAGAGCAGGCGGCCGAGGACCUGCAGGACGACGAUGGAGAUGCGGGGCCCAAGGAUUGGCAGCGCUUCUACAUGGGCUACCACCAGCGCUUCGUUGAGGAUUGCGUGCUGGAGCUUCAAGGAGGGCUGUUACGAGUCAGCCUUGCGCAGGCCCCCAGCGCCAAGGUCGCGGCUAAGAGGACUGCAGAAGGCCGCAAUGGAAAGGGACAGCAGCACCACCACAAGCAGCAGCUUGAUAAGGCAUCCGAUCCCGCGCUAACAGGUACGACUGUAUGGGACGGCGCCGUGGUGCUAUCACACUACCUAACAGAGACGACCGUACUUGUACGACCAGCUGAUCGGCCGUACGCUUAUAGCGGCGGAAGGCUGCCAAACGUGCUGGAGCUGGGGGCAGGCACUGGCGCUGUGUCACUAGCCGUGGCGGUGUGUCGUAUUGCCGCCAGCAUCACCAUCACGGACCUGCCAGAUCUGCUACCGCAUCUGCGGCUUAACGUGGCGAGGAACAGCGGGCUGUUGCGGCCGGGACAGGUGCACCUGCAGCCGCUGCGGUGGGGACCCGAGGGGGAGCAGGACGUGCAGAGCCUUGGACCCGUACGACCGCCGUAUGACGUGAUCGUAGGCUCGGACCUGAUUUACUACUCGUACACGCCAGAGACGCCCCACAGCCGCCUGCUUCUGUGGACCCUGAGGCGCUUGUGCGGCCCUUGCAGUGUCGUGUACUUGUCCCUGUCACUGCAUCACAACCCGGAGGAGGUCGAGCGCUUCUUAAGCUGGGCGGCGGAGGGCGAUGACGGCUUCCAUGUGCUGCGGCUGCGCGCCUCCAUUCCUGUGCAGUGGCGGGUGCCGGAUGUGCUGGUGGCGCGAUUGACACCUAAGUGGACGACGGCAGCACCGCCGCCGAGUGCUAACGGUUGUGCUGUCGGGAGUAAUGAUGAUGAUGUGGAGGGUUGCGAGGCAGGUCCUGUGGCCGCAAUGGCGGCGACGCCGGACGGAGCUGGGCAUUGCUGUUCCCGCGAAGUUACCGCUUAG